AUGGCUAAUCCAAAGUCUCUUUCAGUUUUGUUUAUUCAGUUGACACUUGUUCUUAUCCUCUUAGACCUUUCUAAUGCACAAAGCUUGAAACUAGGGUUCUACAGCACAUCAUGCCCCCCUGCCGAGGCCAUCACCAAAAAGAUAACAACUCAAUUUAUUUAUCAGGCUCCAUCUCUUGCAGCUCCAUUGUUAAGAAUGCAUUUUCAUGAUUGUUUUGUUAGGGGCUGUGAGGCAUCUGUGCUUUUGAACUCUACCAAUAAUAACCAAGCAGAGAGAGAUGCAAUUCCCAAUCUAAGCCUGAGAGGAUUCCAAGUUAUUGAUGCUGUGAAAGCUGCAAUAGAGAAAGCAUGUCCUGGUGUUGUUUCAUGUGCAGAUAUUUUAGCCCUAGCAGCUCGUAAUGCAAUAAAUGGACCAUUUUGGCCAAUUCCAACCGGACGAAGAGAUGGAAAGAUUUCAAUUGCCGCUGAAGUCUUGACUAAUCUACCACCCUUUUUUUUUAACGUAACUCAAUUGAAAGCAUCUUUUGCCUCUAAGGGUUUAAACAUUAAAGACCUUGCAAUUUUGUCAAGAGGACACACCAUAGGAAUUUCUCACUGUCCUUCCUUCUCGAACGGCUUGUACAACUUCACCGGCAAAGGUGACACUGACCCGAAAAUGGACCAGAAUUACAUAGCUCAGUCGAAGAAGAAAUGCAAGCCAGGAGAUACAACUACAAUUGUUCAGAUAGACCCAGGAAGCUCAAAAAUAUUUGAUACUGAUUACUACACUGUAGUGAGUAAAAGAAGAGGAUUGUUUCAAUCCGACGCUACUUUUCUCACUAACAGUACUACCAAUGCUUAA